CCCACUGAAAAGUGUGAAAUGUGAAGACUUCACCAAAAUUUCAUUGGCGGCAAUUCUCGAAUAUAACACACAGGCUAGUGCACUUGCGUUGCCGGUCUUACAUCUACGAAGGCAAAUUCUUGAAAUUGAACCACUACCUAUACCAUUAUCGUAAAAGGCUUGAGACAGGUCAAGACGGACAAAACGUCAGAGGCACGUGGAUAUCCGGUACCUACAUAGGUUGCAUCUCGAUCUGCCGUCACUAGUUGUUGGUGGUGGUAGCAGUGGUCACACCUCCUAGCAUCAUUCUUCAUUCAUAUCCCUCGCCCUUACUGACUUUCUAAUUUUCUAUCUACCUUCUUCAAUGUCUUCCAUUCUCUCCACUGGGGACGCGCCAGCGCAGCGAGUUCCAGCAUGGAAACGAUUGGGUCUUAAGCUUAAGCCUGCAUCCGAGAACCUGAGCCAGAACCAGAACCCUACCCUACCUACAAGUAUAGCCGCUGCGCCGGUGCCCAACCAUCGUCGGGAAAAUCCUACCGGUCCCGUCAACACCAAUGCGAAGAGAAAAUCUUCUGGCGUUCCUGCAUUAGACCACUCCGCCAAAAAAGCCAAGCAAGAUCUUUCUCAAACUCAAUUUUCUUCCACUCAUACCCCAAAGAAAUCCAAGUCUGUCUCGUUCGCGGCUCAGCUGACCCAAGACAACGGGUCCCCAGCUACUACUCCAGCAACACCAACGACAAACGGCACGAAGCCCACAAUCAAGCGAAAAGCCACACCUGCUGCUAAGAAAACCACCAUAGCCCUUACGCAACCAAUCAAGAAACAAGCCCCCGUAAACCUAGAACCGGCACUUGCGUACUUACGGCAGUGGCAUACAUCUAAGGACACCUGGAAGUUUAACAAGAACCACCAGACUAAGUUAUUGGAGCAGGUUUUCGCUGAGGAAACUACCAUCCCGGCGGCUGAUAUUCACAUCUUUUACGAAUAUAUCCGGGGAUUGAAGGGUGCCGUUAGGUCAAGACUAAAGGAGCUUGCAUCUGGCAUUAAGGUACAGGAUAUGGAGCAGGGGACGGAAGGCUUCCCUGGGUCCAGUAAGGAGACGGCUGAAAGAAGGCAAAAGGAGUACCAGGAAGUCAUUGCCGCCUUUCUGAGCCAACAGAGGACAACACCUGGGAAACGGCGUUUCGAGGAAGUGGAUUACGUCCUCCGCACUUCUGAUAUAGAAAUGCAGCGCCGGGUUGUCAAGCGAAUGCGCUGCGAGAACGUGUUGGACGAACUAUCUGAUACUGAAACUGAGGCAUCUACAACGACUACUACAACUACCAGCUCGACCGAGAAGGGGAGCUACACUAAGGACUUUGAGCGCGCUAUGAGUGAAGGUGCAACGGCUGAAACUGAGGGUGUCCUACGCCUUCGGUUGAAUGAGGAUAGCCUCCCACAGAGGGUGAAGCGAAAGAGAAAGGUGCGGACUGCAGUCGUCGAAGAAGAGACUAGUUCGGAGUCUGAAUCUGAAACCGAAGCCGAAGGCGGAUCAGAUUCAGAGUCGAGUAAUAGUAAUAGCAGCAGUAGUUCAUCUGAUGAUUCGGAGGACGAGGUUGCGCAACCCCAGCUGCGGGUCAAUGAAGCUGAGACAUCUUCCAGUAGCUCUUCUUCGUCUGAUGCUUCAGAGGCCGAAUCGGAUUCUGACGAUGAGGAAGAUUGAUUGGAGCACCAACUACAAUGCGAUCUACAUUACCACUAUUAAUCAUGGACAUGAUAUACGCACACAGCUCCACCACAUAGACUGAUAGGAUACCCAAUUUCCCACGAUGAGAUCAUCAUGUUGGACUAAAGCAAAACUGCUAAAAGUUAUUAUGGACCAAAAUGUUACUCUUUCCAUAAUUCCCUAAUUAUUUCAAUGUGAUGGAGUCCUGCCUGAUCGUGACAACCUGCCUGUGAAUCAAGUGCAAUUUAGACGAUAGCCAUGCGUCUAAUGCAGCCAAAAGAAACAAAAAGCAGACCCUCCCAAAAACGCCACAUGCCGUGUAUAUACCACACACCCACCGACGGAGAACACCGCAGCACUAUUUCCCAGUUCAAACCCUCACCGAACAAGAUAAUUGGUGUUCUAAUUACCUCCUGCAUGGCGUUUCAUGUCGUUUCCAAGGUCGGAGGCCCCGCGACGGAGAUCUAUACUCCAUCCAUUUCAUCAUCAAUUCAUUCAUCCGCCUAUAUGACCCCCUGGGCCGU